AUGCGCGACCGCACCACGCUCUUUGCUGCUCUCGCUGCUGUCGCCGCCUUGUCAACUCGCAGCUCCUUUGCCCUCGCCACAGAGCAGCCCGGUGACGUUGCCCUCUCCUCUUGGACGUGCCCGGAGCGCAUGCCAUCCACGCCCAACCUCGUGCUCAACCCAAGCUUCGAGACGGUCGAUCCGAGAAGCGCGUUGGAGAACAAGUACUUUACAGAAGCAGCGCAGUGGACACCCAGUUUUCUGAGCGUCAAUGAGAAUCGCGUGGGUCCUGGUGCAGACGAUACUCGCGAUGGGGAGAGCGCGUACGAUGGAGAGUACUUUGAGCGUUUCGGUACAAAUGAGAUCAUCUCCUACACUUCCGAAGGCGCUUACACCCUGCUGCCCGGCAAAAAGUACAUUCUCAGCUUCUUUGUCCGCGGCACCGGCGGACGCGACGGCGUCUCCUUUGGCCCUGGCAUGCUGCUGGAUGCUCGCAUCGAUGGUGUCAGUCUCAGCAGCCCCGUCACCAGCUUCCCGCGCGGCCAACUAUGGACGCAGCACUGCGUGCCUGGCUUCAUACAAGGCUCUGUCGCUCCCAAAACGCUCUCCUUUAGGUUUCAGGACCAGCCGGGGAACAUGUGAGUGGCGUAAGCGCUUGGAGCGCAGAUGAUGACACUGCUGAAAAGCUACAUUGGUUGCGUCGCUCUUGUCAGUGCAAUCGACCUCGUCGCUCUGCAAGAGUACUACUUUCCUCCAGUCGCACCGCCAGAGCCGCCUGCAAAGGCCCCCUUGGGCGGGACGUGCACUUUGCCAGAGGACUGCAAGAGCAAUAGGUGCAACGAGGGCCAUUGCGUGGCCAGUCAUGGCACUGCUGUCCUCGGACAACACUGCAACGCCGAUGCGCAGUGCAGCCACUCACACUCUUUGCUCUUUUGCAGCAAGCGCUCCUUCAAAUGCCUCUCAAAGCGUCUGCCGGGCAGCACGUGCCUUCGCGACCCUGUGUGCUUCUCAGGCAAGUGCGAUGCGAAUGCAAGGUGCGCGCCCGGUCCUAG